UCUUAAAAAAACAACUUACAUUGAAUAAAAUAUAUAAUGGAUAAUCUCAAAAAAUAUGAACCAAAUUUCAAAAAAUUAUCAGUGCAAAAUGAAAUUGCUUAUGAAGAAAAUAAAGAAGAUGAUGCAAAAGUAGUAGAAUUAAACUUGGAAGAUGUUGCUGAUGAUGAAUCUGCUUAUGCUGAUUCUUUUGAUUCUGAUGAGUCAGAUGAAGAAUCAGAAAUGGAAACAAUCCAGAAAUUUUCAAAAAGUGAAAUCCCAAUGUAUCGCUUUACAAAUUUAAGGACUCAUACAAAAAAUCAGAAUAUAGUUACAUCAUCAACUGGUACAAUAACUUUAGCUUCAAAAGAAUGUAAAGGUUUAUGCUUAACUUUAGAAGAAAAGAUGAGUACUUUGGAUCUCAAUGGAGUAAGACCUCUAAAAAAUUCAAUAUUGCUUCCUCAAAGAAAAAACAUGAGUUUUACCAAUAACGAAGUUAUGAAAAUUGAACGUGACAAUGAAAUUUUGUUAAGAAAAAUUAUGGCCCAACAAAAAACAAGAAAGGGAAAAGCAAAUAUUACACUACAAAAAUUAAGCAGUUCGGCUAUUAAUAGAAAAAAAUCGCAAAGAAAAAUAGAAGAAGAUAACAUGAUGCUGUUGCAAAGACUUCAAAAAGCAAAAUCAUGUGCAUUAAAUACAAACAAAAUACCAGGAUUUCGAGUUACGCAGUUGUGAUUUUAUCUCAGAUAUCUACAAUGUAUUUUCUGUUACAUACAUUUCAAUAUUAAAUAAAAUUACUAGCUUAAAAUUUAAUAAUGAAUU